AUAUAAAAACAAAAAAAAACAAAAAAAGAGCUACAAAAACUUUCUACGUCCACGUCGUUAGCUCUGGGUAAAGCUAAAGGAAAGUUCCCUUUUUGAAUGAGCGAGAGGGGUGGCAUUUCCACUUCUUUUUUGCUCGUCAAACGCUCGGACAGCAAACGGUUUUAGGAGGUUGUGAGCUACAUCGGUAGGAAGAAAAUAUCACAGUUUGGAGCGAUUCUGACGUGGUCCAAAAAACGGCCUUAUUGACACCCCUCCUUUGUGGCACUAUUAUUGCAUACAGGAAAAAUAAAGCUGCAACGCCUCCAAGACUAUUGGAAAAAGCACCCAUUGUUCAAUUUUAAAUGUUUUUCUGAUCAUAUGAGCCGCGACCGCUUCUUAUUGAUAAUGCGGUACUUGCAUUUUUCUAAAAAUCCAGAUCAAGGAGAAAAACCCACCGGUUGCAUAAAAUCAGACCUGUUAUAGAUUUCUUUAAUAAUAAAAUGUCUUUCAUUUAUUCUCCCGGCAAAGAAUUGUCACUUGACGAGUCGAUAGUGUUAUGGCGUGGGCAAUUGAUUUUUUGCCAGUAUAUAAAAAAUAAACGCCAUAAGUAUGGCAUAAAGUUGUAUAUGCUCACAGAGCCCAGUAGUGUGAUCUUAAAAUCAUUGGUAUAUACAGGAGCUUUAGACGAUACAAGUGGAAAAGGUCACGCAACAAAGAUUCUUUUACAUUUAUUGCAAGAACGUUUAGACUCAGGCCAUUCCAUUUACACGGAUAAUUUUUACAAUUCAUUUGAAUUGGCUCAUCAGCUAACCAGCCGUGCUACUUACUGUACUGGAACUCUCAAUUCCAGAAGAAAAAGCAAUCCUAAAGCCGUUCUUACAAAGAAACUAAAACAAGGUGAAACUAUAGCUGCAUAUUCGAAUAAUAUAUUUAUAAGAAAAUGGAAAAACAAUCAAGACGUUUUGUAUAUCUCUAACGAGCAUGGAAAUGACAUGAUCGAAUACGAGGAUAGGCGAAAUCGCAGUAGAACGAAACCUGCUCCCAUUUAUUACUACAAUAAAUACAUGGGCGGUGUUGACCGCCAAGACCAAUUAAACGCUUAUUAUCCCUCGCACAACAAAACGGUGAGGUGGUAUAAGAAAUUAGGAAUACAUUUUAUACAGCUGAUGGUACUGAAUUCCCAUUUAUUAUAUAAGCAAUACUCUGGAAAUAAAAUGUCGCUCUACGACUUCAGACUAUCGCUUUUGAGCAGUCUUUUACUAUAUAGAAGAAAGUAAACCGACACCUGUCUGUAGAAAUAUAUCAAAACAUGUACUUACAAAAAUUACGUCACUCAGUAACGACGGCCGAAUAAAUAGAAUGCGUUGCAGAGUGUGUUCUGGAAAAAAAGAUAAGAAAACUAACAAUAUACCACUGUGACAAGUAUCCAGAACAACCAGGAUUUUGCGUUGGAGAGUGUUUCGCGAUAGCUCAUACCUAGUUUGUAAGAGAAAAACGUUCCUUUUAUGUUCUCUAUUAUUCCUCUUUGAUUCUUUUUGUUUAGUGCGUAUUUCUUGUUCCUAUUGUUUUACUUUUAUUAUAAAAGUUAUUACUUUAUUUUCAUUGACUUGUUUCUUUAGCAUAAUGUUUAAAUAAAUGUUUUCUAUUUGUGUUAUGCAAAAAUUGUUUACUUACACUCCAUUAGUAAAACUCAGUCAGAAAUUUGCGCGACAGCAAUAGGCGCCGCUCAGCACUGAGCAACAUCUUUUUAGCUUAGGUGCACACGGCACCUAUCGACGCCAGAGCAGAAAAAUUGGUGAAAGUCCUGUAAUGUACAUUCAUGAUGCAAAAUAAUCGAAUUCUGACACCAAACAUGCGAUAUAUUUAAAAAAACCAUUGCCGCGUCCAAGUAACUCCACACCCCCAAAGAGCCGCAGCAAAAGUGAUAAAGACGUUUUAAAAACAUCCAGUGUUAUCAUUAUGGACUUCUUAAAAACGACUAUAACUCGACAGCAAUUGACUGUUUGUUGACUAUAUUUGUCGAUUUUUGAAAGUCGACAAAUGGUUAAUAAAUAGUCAACUGAAAUAUGACUCAAAGUCGACAAAAACUCUGUUCUCUUUAUGACAAAAGAUCUUAUACUUUUUUAAGUUAUUUAUAUCUUUUUCUUCUUUUUCUUCGGCAAAGCGAAAAGAUAUAAAUAACAGAUAUUUUAUAUUGCCAAAAAGACAAUUAACAUAAAAAGAAAUUUUAGUUUUAAUUUGCUCGUAGCCCGUUAGCAUAGCAACAGAGCUGCGCUGCGAUCUGCUGCGCAGCUCUCCCAAGCCUCUCUCUUUACCAGUUUCUGUGUUGCGUGUGUUGUGUUCUGUUUCUUCCUGCUUCCAUGUGCUUCGGUAUCUACGAGGUAAGUAUGAUAAAAAUCAUCUAUUUUAAGAGUAAAGCCGAUGGCACACGGUACGAUUUUUCGUACUAGAUUUAGUCACUAAGCACGAAAGUCUUUCGCGAGUAUCUUUUAAAACCUAAAAUCACAGAGGUUAUGUUCAAGAAACAUGGUCGUGUUCGAGUAAAGAUGUAAUUAUAUGUAAUGUUUUGAUAAUUACUUAAAAAUUAAAGGAAUUAAAGGAUUACUUUUUCAGGGGGUCGAUUGUGUAUUUUUGAAAGAGCGAAAAUGUGAAAAGUGGAGCAUUGAUUGCAUGGUGUAGACUUUUAGAUCUAACGAUGUCAUCAAUCAAUACUGCUACUUUUUACAUUUUCACUCUUCUUCAAAAAUACACAAUCAAUCCCAGGACAGUAAAACAUAACGUUAUAUAAAAGAUACCAAUAGAAUUGUGUUCUGUUUAUUAAUAAAGUAAUUAUUUUGUCUUUCAAACGCAUGCCGACGAAAAUUUUUAUAAGAAAAUGCAAAAGUAAAGUGUAAAUUCAACCGCAUCAUUAAUCUGCUGGAAAAUAAAAAAGGUGAUGAAGCCGACCCAGUCGAACAAAAUAACAAUAACUUGUUACCAGAUUUUCCUUUUACUACAAUACAGGAAUUGAAUAAUUUCAACGAGUAAUUGAUGCAGAAUGACGUUCAAUGACAAUUCGUAAGUUUAUUAUAAUUUAUAAAUUUUUAAGAGAUAUUGACAUAAAAUAUUAAUAAAAUAUAUAAAAUAUAAAACAAAAUUAUAAUAAUAUAACAAUAUAACAAAACUAUAAUAAUAAAAAGCAAAACUAGUAUAAUCUUUUAGUUAUUUUAACUAUUGUAAUUUAUAUGUUUCAUAAUUGAAUAAUUAAGCAUUCUUUUUUUAUAAAUUUUAGUAUUAUAUAAAACAUUUCAAAAGCUAAAUUGGAAAUUCCAACUUCAAAGCACACUAAAAGAAAUGUAUAUCUUUGUGUUUUUUUUUAUAUUCAAAAUAUAUCUAUUAUAU